CAGUUCCAGGGAACAAGGCUGCUGGCAGCUGACAAGGUUGACAAGGUUGACAAGGCUGCCAAGGAAGCCACCAGACGGAGGGGUAGCCUUGUCGGUUAUGAAUAAGAAGAAAACAUAUCCACUUACCUGACGCUUCUACCGCCGUCAGAUCCCUCGACAUUCUACCAUGUCAUCCGUUGCUGCUCGUCCGAAAUUCGAUGCGCUUCCGGUAAACGACGAUCACGACCGGCCUCAAGGCUACGGUGUCCCAUCUUUGACAGAGCAGCAGCAAUGCCGCAGUCAUGGGUCUACAGCAACCUCUAGUCUUUUGGUCCAUGAGCAGGAGCUCGAGACACCUGAUAACGUUGUUUCACCUUCACAGCCUAUGCAAUCGGUCAUUGCGUGCGAGGAUCUCCAAUCUUCAAACUCGGCCUUGCUCGCAUCGAAAGACAACACAGGCCCUAAGACAAGUCUCCACGGACACUCUACGGUCGAAACAGCGGAGGGAUCGCAAAAGCUCACUGUUGGCUGGAAGACCAUCGCCUUGCUGCUCGGUUUCUAUCUUAUCGCCUUACUCGUCGCCAUCUUACACUUCGUGAUGAUGCACUAUCUGAAUGGCAAGUCAACGGACGAUAGAAAGUAUCUGGCCCAGCCAUAUGUCACCUCCCUCUCUCUACUUCUGGUUGCCAUUUUCAAAGCCUCUCUGUGUGCUUCGCUGGCGGUCGCAUUUACCCAGCACAUGUGGAAAAUACUGAGGCACAAAGCCCUCCAGGUAUCGUCUAUCGAGUCCCUACAUGGCGUUCGCUACAACCCUUUGUUACUGGGAAAGUGGCGGCUCUUUCUAGCAACGCCUUUGUUAUACUUGAUGGCUAUGGUGAUGUGGUCGCUCACUAUCGCCAUCCUCUUUCCUCCGUCCGCUCUCACUAUCACUUUAAGUCAGUUCCAGGAAAGCAAAUCCUUACUGGUACCCACGUUCGAUGCUGGAUAUGGCCGAGACUUCGAGAUAAAUCGGAACUCGAUCAUCGGAACGUCUUCCCUAAGCUCGUGGGCUCCCGGCGGCGUAGGCGUUACUGCAGAUACCAACGGCUCCGCAUCAAUGUUAUAUUCAAACCCCAAUGCAAAAUUAGUGCAUCUAUCGCACGUGGUGCUUGUUUCUGGCGCCAUUCCAGAAUCGGUCUCUCCUUGCGGCGCCAAUUGCACUUAUAUUGUUGACUUCGAAGGACCAGUGUUUCAAUGCAUCAACACAAUACGUAAUCAAACUUCACAAGAACUAUCGGGGCCUAUCAGCGAGUAUUAUUCUGGCGCUUGGAGUUCAGUCAACUCGCAUCACCGAACUUCACAAACGUUCACCAUGAAUCUUACGCGUAUUUUGGGGCACAGUCGUGGGCUAUGGCUGCAAGAGCUCCACAUUUUGCAAUGUCAACCUGCUUGGGCUAUGUACCAGGUCAAACUGGAGUACGUAAAUGGCUUACGUUCUUUCGUCUUCGACAUUGUCCCGGGCGGGAAGCUGGUCGAUACCUUCGUGAGCGGGACUUCACCUAACACCACACAAGGUGACACAGGCUGGACCAUGGAUCAAAUUCGAAACUUGAAAAACAUCAAUCACUACAGCCUUCUAGAUACUAUAGCGACGGCAUUGGGCGGCUCCUACGAGCAGAUGCUUUUGGAAGGAGAUGGUCCAACAUUUCCCUACACGCUAUCGAACGGCACAGUAUUGGAUUUUUCCCCAAUCGAAGCGUCCUUCACCCUUCUGAGCGACUUCAACCUCGUCAACUCGCUUCCGCGCGUUUUUGGGAGUGACAAUCUUGAUUUACAACCAAACAAGACCUGGAUCAGAGAUACAGCUUUCAACAAAAACCGAUACAAUGUCACAAGUAAUGGACCCUCUCUCGAAAUUACAGGAGAGAUACUCAACGAGAUUGUUGCAAACGUCACAAUAGCAGCUAUGCUCGGCUACUACCCUCUCUCUAUCUGGAACAUCACAGCGAUUGCUAACAUCACUACGUACCGCAACACCUACUCGUUUUCCCGUCCGGCAAACCUCAUACUCCCAUAUGCACUAUUUCUAGUCUUCAGCCUGCCAUUUCUGAUCCUGGGAUAUCUCUCACUGCGUAGUAAUCGUGUUGCUGCUCUCAGUGACAGCUUCUUGCAGCUCCUAGUGACGGUCACACGGAGCGAGAAGUUAGAUCGAAUCGCGCGUCCAUGCGAACAUGGUGGUGACGAGAUGGCCAAUACAGAGCUCAAAAACACACGGAUUAUGUUUGGAGAAUUGAGUGCGGCAGAUGAGAGAGAAGACAAACUUGGCAGAAUGGGAUUCGGGCUAGAAGCAGAGAUCCUACGUUCCAGAUUUCGAGAGAAGUAGAAGGUUAGGUAGUCCAUUAGGAGCUUCUGAUCGCUCGAAUUCUACUGGCGAAAUGCCUUAGGCUUCUCGUCGUUGCGUCCAAAUGCAGUAGUUGAAACCCC